ACAGUUAACCCUGAAGUGACCCACUUGUGCCAGUGCCCCAACGCUUCCGAUUCGACUGACCCUGGUAUUCGUCUUGGCACCGUGCCAUCGAGUGCUUUCCGGCGGACACCUUCCCCUCGUCCUUCUCUGGUGCCACCACAAACGUCCUCCAGUGCCACUGUCGGAGGUGCUGCCGGAAAGCUCGAAAUCGUGAGCAUUCGGGAAAAGCAUGGAUAUUUCCGGAAAGCCAUCCCUCAUAUGCCUGUGCCACUUGCAGUUUUCCUGUGCUUACUGAAUGUCCUAAUUCCUGGUUUGGGCACACUGAUUAGCUCUUUUGCUGUUUUUUGCGGCUGCACAACUGAAUACGGCGACAAGAGGAAAUCCUUGCUGUACAACUUAUUAGCUGCGCUGCUUCAGCUGCUCAUGGCACCGAUCAUUGUGGGCUGGAUCUGGAGCGUUCUUUGGGGAAUCACUUUCGUCAAUAUAAGCUUGUCGAAAGCUGUGGAUGAACAACCACCUUCAAGCACAAUGCUGUGACUUCGGUUACAUGCUGGGACAAGAAAAAAUGGCCGCUUUAUUUAUAUCUACUUCUCUACAGCACCUCACAAGACUGCAUUAUAUGUUAACACACACAUUUAUGCAAAACUUUUACUAUUUUGUAGGUUCAGAUUAUUUCACUUCUCCUGAGGCACAAAAGAAAAUUUAACCCCUUCAGACCUGGUGUCCGGUAUACCAGACAUACACUUUAAACAGCUGCUAAUCAUUAAAUAAUUGAUUUAAUUAGUUGAUUUUUUUUGUAGUUGACUCUUUACAUUCUACUUAUUAUAAUCUGUGAAAUAAUUUUUCGU